GCAGCAAACGUUGACGGACGUUGUGUGGGCGCGUGUGUGUUGUACGGCAGCAGCAACAACUAGUGCUCGGCGGGCGGCGGCCAUCGAACGCGGUGUUUCCGAUACCGACCGGCCGGAAGUAGACGUUCGCUCGUAUUCGGGUCCGUUUCCGGACAGAACAAAUACAAUUGUAUAUAUCUAAUAACAUAAUAAUUAUAUAAUAAUAAAUAUAAUAACUAAAGUCAACGGACCGAAAAAUGUCUGAUCUCCGGCGGUCCUGUUUAAUUUAACUUAAUUCCGGCGAUGUCCAUCACAUAAUAAUAUAAUAUAGAUAAUACCAAAGGUAUAUAAUAGUUUUGAAAAUUUUUCUUCGUCGACGGUUCAGUGACAAUUGUGUUAGAUCACCUGCAUGUGUUCACCACGGGACGGAUGGUGGUUGAAAUAAUAAUUUUAAGGAAUAAAUAAAAUURAGAUUGAAUUAACAUACGUUUUCUUGGAUCAGUUUCUGCGUGGUUUCAAUACGUCACCUAAGUUGUAAUAGGGUGCGUGGAGAGUUUACAAUCCGAAAGGAUUAAAAUAUCCAUCGAACAAUGUUUCAAUGGUUUGCUCGCUGGAUGAAACAAUGAGUACAUUUAUGGAAACCUGUAAUGACACAGAAAUGAACUCAAMGUUUAAUUUCAGUUUGGAAGAAGUGUAUUCUAUUUUGUUGGAACAUAGGCGUGAUUCCCGAAAUUUGGACAAAAGUACUGAGACUCUGCUUAUAAUAGUGUACUUGGGUCUGAUGAUUGUCGGGCUGUCGGCCAACCUGACCGUGAUUUACGUGGUCGCCAGGCGUGCGCAGAUGCACACUUCCCGGAACCUGUACAUAGUUAACUUGGCCGUUUCCGACAUGACUCUGUGCUUGGUGUGCAUGCCGUUCACGCUGACAUCGAUAUUGCGACACCAGUGGUCCAUGGGCACCGUAUUGUGCAAACUAGUGCCACUGUUGCAGGGCACCAACAUCAUGGUGUCAGUGGGCACGAUCACGGUGAUAGCCAUAGAUCGAUACUGGGUGAUCGUCCGCGGAUCCGCGCAAAACGAAAGGCGUACAGUUUACGUGUCCAUAGCUAUCGUAUGGUUACUGGCCGUCUUGACCACGUCGCCCGUAGCUUAUUACCAGGUAGUCGAACCGUUAAAAUUUCAACAUGUAGUUUUAUACGAAUCUUGUCGGGAAAAAUGGCCUUCAACCGAUAUCAAAGUGGCCUAUAAUAUAGCAGUAGUGCUCAUUCAAGCAGUACUGCCCGCCACAGUUCUUUUGGUGGUUCAUAUUCGUAUUGCAGCAUAUCUACACGCACACACUGCUUCUCAAAAAGACUCGAGGCGCGCACAGCGAGAACUUCAAAGGAACAAACGUACCACCCUACUUCUGAUAGGAGUGGCGAUCGUCUUCACUGUGAGUUGGCUUCCAUUAGCCGUGUUCUCGUUGGCCGCCGACCUGAUGACAGAGCCAUUAACAGCUAAACAGCUAUAUGUGACGCUGGCGGUUUGUCACCUGACCGCCAUGACUUCAGCUAUCUCCAACCCAAUUAUUUACGGAUGGAUGAACUCCAACAUCCGCAACGAGCUAUACCAACUGUUCUACACGAAAAUUCUGAGACGGCAACCUGGCAACCGGUCAACGGUGACAGCCACGACAACCAUCAGAAACAGGACCCGACCUUUGAUCACUUACAAUACUUCAAAUUACAUGCCUGGAAGUCAGGAGACGUUUUCGAGAGGAGUCACUGUGCUUUAGGCAAGAGCCAUGGAUGACCACGGCCGUUACGCCGAAGGGGCAACGUUCCAGAAUUUAUUUAUUUUCAUUUUUUUCGUAUGACAUCCCAUCCUCUAUCGCGUAAUUGUAAAGACACGAUAUUAAUUUCUAAUACGAAAAUUUACAUCAUUUUA